AUGGCCGUGGCGCGCUCGACGGCUGUCGGGCUGGUGGGAGCAAAUUUAUUCAUCACCAUCAAUCGCAUCAUUCUCGGCUCGUUCAGCAACAUCGCGAUCGGUAUUGGGACGUGCUACUUUCUCGCACCGGCCGGUCCAGUUUACGGGGCCAUUCGGUUGACCCAGCGCAACAACCAUGCGAACAUAUCGGAGCUGCUGGACAACCUGCUUCGCGGUUACGACAACAGCAUCCGGCCUGACUUUGGAGGACCACCGGCAAUCAUCGAGGUGGAUAUCAUGGUGCGCAGUAUGGGGCCAAUCUCCGAGGUGGACAUGACGUACUCGAUGGAUUGCUACUUCCGGCAGUCGUGGGUCGAUCGGCGGUUGGCAUUCAGCGGCGCUCAGGACACGCUGGCCCUUAGCAUCUCCAUGCUCGGGCGCAUCUGGAAGCCGGAUACGUACUUCUACAACGGCAAGCAGAGCUAUCUGCACACCAUCACGACCCCGAACAAGUUCGUGCGGCUCUAUCAGGACGGGCGCGUGCUGUAUUCGAGUCGGCUCACCAUUAAGGCCGGGUGCCCGAUGAACCUGGAGGACUUCCCGAUGGACACGCAGCGCUGUCCGCUGAAAUUCGGCUCGUUCGGCUACACCACGAACGACGUCCUGUACCGCUGGAACAGCGGCCGCACGGCCGUCACCAUCGCCGACGACAUGAAGCUGUCCCAGUUCGAUCUGGUCGAGUGGCCGGCCGGAAACGUGACGGAUCGGGUAGUGCACAGCACGGCCAGUGCCGGAGCGACCGUCCUGAACGGGUUGAACAGUGCGGAUCUGGAGCUGGGCCUCGGGUUGGACGGUGGUGUGGGUCGCUCGACAGGAACCGGAGGCAACGGCAAGCUGUACAUGUCCGAAUACUCCAUGCUGCUGGUUAGCUUCCAUCUACAGCGGCACAUGGGCAACUUCCUGAUACAAGUGUACGGUCCGUGCGUGCUGUUGGUCGUCCUGUCGUGGGUGUCCUUCUGGUUGAACCGCGAAGCCACCGCCGACCGUGUGUCACUCGGCAUCACGACCGUACUGACGAUGACGUUCCUGGGCCUGGAGGCACGCACGGAUCUGCCCAAGGUGCCCUACCCAACCGCACUCGACUUCUUCGUGUUCCUCUCGUUCGCGUUCAUCUUCGCGACCAUCAUCCAGUUCGCGAUCGUGCACUACUUCACCAAGUACGGUUCCGGUGAGUGUUACUUCAGUGUGGACGAGUUGACGUCCAGCUCGGACGAGGAAGACGAGGACGUGGCCCGGCCGGGUACGUCCGGAGCGCAACACCACCACACCAUCGCCAUUGGUCCGUCCACAUCCUCCGCUCGAUGUGCCGGCAAGCGUUGUUCAACCAUCACCGCCAUCAGUGGAGGCCACCCGGGUAGUGCGGCCACGGAUUCACGCCUCAUCGAAGUCAUCCCACUGUCCAUGUGCUCCUUUCCGAUGACUCCAGCGCGCAAGCAACCUCAGUCCUCCUGGGCGGACGUUUCGUGCUUUGGUGGUGGUGCCUGCGGUUCCGCGGAUGACCCGGAACCGGAACCGGAACCGUCCCUGCCCGGGCUCGGCCAAACGGGUACUGCCCUCGAAACCGCCACUACCUCGUCCUCGUUUAUCUCGGCACCGGUCACACCGGCGACGUCCCUCGGCGGUAGGCACCGGCGGCGAUCGGGAACGGUCACGAUCGACGCACCGGUUCCGGCGGCGGAAGUGACCGCCGCCAAUGGGCACCGGACGCGACGGCGCAGGAAACGAACGCCCCGUUUCAACUCGGUCUCGAAGAUCGAUCGUGCCUCGCGCAUCUUCUUCCCACUGCUGUUCCUGGCCAUCAAUGUGUUCUACUGGUUUCUGUAUCUGUCCCGGAGCGAGCGGAUCCCGGCGCAGCAUCACCACAAGGUCGGGUAG